AUUUUGACAAGUGAUAAACGUCUGUGCUGGUUGUUUCAAUAAAGAUGGCUGACGGUGAGAAAGAGGAGGCUAAAAACCUCCAAAUAGAAUUUGAGUGGGUGCUUCAUGUCGAAGUACACUCAGUUCUCAAGAAUCUCCACACACUUCUUGUGGAAUGUGCACAUCGUUUUCCAGUGCCAUUGUAUGGCAACGAUGGACGCAAACAGGACAAGUUCAUAUUGACCGUUCCACAAGAUCACUUGAAGUGUGUUGUAACAUUGACGGGUGAUAGUAUAUCCCAUGCUGACAUUAGUUUUAAGGUACAAAGAGCGCAAAAUACCGUUCAACGAACAUCCAUCAAUCAAGAUUCACCAUGGAAGCUUCAACAAGUACAGGAUGCAGCAAAUCAUCUACAACAAGCCAUACAUCACAUAGACAAUGUAGACAGCUCGUAUCAUUUUAAAUCAUCUGACGAAGUUUUACACAUUUUGAGCAAUAUUUUGGGCGCAUUACAACGUGGUCGAACAUCACUAGUCAUUCCCAAAAAGAAACCGAUCGACGAGCUCAUGAAAAGUAGAAACAUGAAAUCAUUGGCACCCAACCUUCCAGACGAUUUGGCAAUCAGUUUCUAUUUACAAAGCCAUAAAUUGAUUUUUGCUGUGUAUCAAUUGACAAACAUUCAGGGAACUAUGAAAUUCGAUUCCUCUCAAGCCGAAUGCUCCGUACCGUGGUUAAAUGAAGUCUUGGUAUUGUUUACCGUGGCGCUGCAAUUGUGCCAGCAAUUAAAAGACAAAAUAUCGGUAUUUUCUCAGUAUAAAGACUUUACAGUUGGAUCUCGAUCACCGUCAGCUCUAUCUUACUGAAAACAAUGAAAACGAAACCAGAUUGUGGAAGAAAGAGAGCUUGCAGAACGCGGAUGUUAUAUAUUGAUGCAAACCAAGAAAAUCUUUUCUGGUUUGUUUUUUUUUUUUUAUUUCGGUUAUCAAUUAUACCGUCAAAGUUCGAGUAUUGACAGAAAAAAUAGAAACUGUUGGCAUACAUUAAAGGAAAUGCUGUUGACAUACAUCAUCUACAACAAAACAACAUUAUGGUAUUGAACAAUAAACAGAAAAAGAAGAAAAACAAAGAACGAAAUCAUAGAUUAAGUUAAAGUAAAAAAAAAACGGAAAAAGAAUUGAACAAUCUCAAAAUACAAUGUGCUUGAAACCUUUAAAUGGAUUUGGAGAGAGAGAGAUGGAGAAAAACAAAAUGAUCUGAACAAACCAAGUCGAUACCAAAAUAAUAGUAACGAGAAAAGAAAUAUAAUGUCAGAUGGUCAUUAUUUUGUUUGAGAUUAGCGUAAAUUCAUCAUAAAAUGAUCUAAUGCGGUUUAAAAAAAAAAAAAUGUUUAUCCAAUGAUGAACACUGUUUAUGACUUCAGACAAAUUUAACCAGUCGCAUUGCAAAUGAAAAUCAUGCUGGAUGUCAAUCAUCCACAAUUAACUUAUUUUAAAAUAUUAUUUUAAAGAAAAACAAAAUGAAUCCAUAAGAAACAUACACACACAAAGAACACACACUUAGCACAUGCAAAUCGCAUCGCAUACUUAAUCAUUCAUUUGCGAACCAGCAAACAAAAAAAAAACACUUAUGUAAGCAAAUUGUACAUAUAUAUCUAUAAUUAUUUUUUUUUUUUUUUGAUGCAAAUCAAAAAGCAGAAACUUAUGAUUUUAUUAAUCUAUUUAAAUAUUAUUUAUUGACAAACUAUUGUACAUACAAAAACGAAAAAAAGUUAUUGUCCGCACUCUUUUUUCUUCUUCUCUUUU